UAUCCUCUUGAUUGGGUCUUUCCUUUUCUAGGGAUCCAAUGAAGACGGUUGGAUAUGAUAGAUGGUAUCUCUUCUCACAAACGCCAGACUAGGAAUUCUUGGGGAAAUUGUUUCCUUUGUGGAUUUUGUCUGAUAAUGAUUCAGAAUCUGGAAGCAAAGCACCAAGUUGUACUGUGCACUCUUGCGGUUUGCGAUUAUAUUCCAAAUAUUUGGUAAUCUGAUACACAAUCCCUUUUGUCCAGCAGGUACACGGUGCUUCACAUGUAACAACCAGACAUCUUGUCAUUAGUUGUUUGCGCAUAUAUUAGUGGUGCAUAUAAACAGUAAUGACCAAUUAGAAAGGCUAACCCCAUCGAUCCAUGCUUUACAAUGAUUGAUCAGAUAAAGCAGCUGCGCUUUAUCAUGUGGUCGUCGUGCUUGUGGCGCUGGGAAUUGUUGUCGCAUGUACGCCGCUGGUCGUAAUAGUGCCGUAUGAUUUUUAAAUCCAGUUGGAUGUCUGAUUUGAAUGGGAUUGCAGGUAUCGUCUGCAUUUGCUGCGUGGAUUUCUUUGUGAUUCUUUUAUGUGCAAAGCUGUUCGACAGGGAUUCGAAGUGUUACAGUGUUUGGACUGCUUUGAUCAUUGUUCCCGCCUUCUUCAAAGUUGGUUUUAUAGAACAAAAAUAGUUUUAACUUGCCUGAAGGAUUCGAUCAAACUCUUAUUUUCGUUUGAGGGGCUUAAGUUGAACGUUUUUACAAAGAGAGCCCAAAUUUGCUCAUUUGUUUCCGUUGGGUGUAUUCUUGUAAAUAGGCCGGGAAAGACUUACUGGAACUAUUGUGCAUGGCCUCAUCAAGAAAAGAGAAACUAAUAUCACGGUGAAUGAUUUAGUCAAGUUGGAUAGUUGGUUUGAAUCUAUUACAUAUAUCGCACUGGAUGCCCAAUAUAAUUCGAGACCACUGGCUAUUGUUUGGGUCGGCUUAAUUUGUCUCUGAAGCUGGCUUUGAUAGUUCGUCUUGCGGUUAAACCAUGCUUACCACUCAUGCUUGCACAUGGUAGCAACCCGGUAAGCAGUUUUUGUGUACUGCUCAGCUCAAGUCGAUGGACCGAGAUGCCACCUGCUGCUUCAGAUGUCGUCUCAUGGAGAAAAAUAGCCGAGGACGUUGGUACUUGCAUGUUCUGGUCAAAGCCCAUGCAAGAAUUCCCCGAUGCCACCAAGUGCUGGGUGAACAAGGACGUUUCUGGUACACUUGCCAUCGUAUUGAAUUGAAAUGAACGCCACCCCUCGCCAUUACUUUAUGGAUCGCACCUGAAUAAACAAGAGAUAUCCGGACAUGUUGCCAUGCCGCCGUCUGAUCGGACAGUUCAUCGCCUGAGUCUCGUCGGCUUAAAUCUCUUCGCCAGUGCUCUCUCCUGCUCGCGUUCCCAUGGCCAGCAUCGUGCACCAGGCGUCCAUGCCGGCGGCGGCCGUGGCGUGCGACGAGGAGUUCAUGCCGCAGGGCUUCACCUGCUUCGGCCGCUCGCUGUCUCGGGCGUCGUCGUCGAGCCGGCUGGAGUUCAGGGCCCUGCAGCACGAUCAGGGCGAGGAGAAGCGCGUCGUCCAGGAGGAGCGGUCGGCGCGCGCCAAGCUGCGGUGGAAGGCGGUGGCGCAGGAGAUCAUGGCGCGGGGAGGCGGAGCGCGGCGGAGGAAGCAGCAGCCGGCGGCGUUCAGCUACGACUCCAAGAGCUACGCGCUCAACUUCGACCAGGGCGCCCAGUAGCUGCGUCGCCGCAUGCCGAUCUAGCUGCGGCCUGCGUGCAGAGCCUGAAACAUCGUGGCGGCGGCGACGACCGGCCGGCGAGGGAACGAACGGAGUGACCGUUGCUGCCCUCCCGGCGUGGCGAGGAAAGAAAGCA